AUGUCCCCCGAUGGUCCCCCUUCCCCUUUUCUCCAUCAUCGUCCGACAGCUCUCCUCGACUUCUCCCCGCCGCCGUGUCCCUACCCUCCGCCGCCGCCGCCUCAUCGCCAUGAAAGAGUAAGAAGCAGCAGAGAAGCAGAAGAAGAAGAAGAAGAAGAAGAAGAAGAAGAAGAAGAAGAAGAAGAAGAAGAAGAAGAAGAAGAAGAAGAAGAAGAAGAAGAAGAAGAAGAAGCAGAAGAAGCAGAAGAAGCAGAAGAAGAAGCAGAAGAAGCAGAAGAAGCAGAAGAAGAAGCAGAAGAAGCAGAAGAGGCCUUCCCGCGGUCUCGUAUCCGAGGGAGGCUACGAGCCCAAAAAGCUUAUAUUUAUUGUUUUAAUAGAUUCGACGUCUGGGCAAGAAAAAAUUUAAAUAUUUCGACUAAGAUCCAAAACCCAGACAAAAUAUCGGCAGAAAAAAAAAUGAAAACUCGGCUCGUCCCUCCCAUUAACAGUUUCUCAUAUCGAGAGAGAGAGAGAGAGAGAGGAACCCGGUCGUAAUAAAUCCGGUUUAUUCUCCUCUCAAUGGUCUGUGGGGGUCAACGGAAAUGAUGGCCGUCGAAUCUGGAGCGGAGUGUGAUCGCCCCUCUCUCUCUUGGUGUAUGGUAUGGGUGGUCCGCGCCGUGCUUUUAUGA